GAUAGUAAACAUGAGUGGAAGAGGCAAAGGAGGAAAGGGACUCGGUAAAGGAGGCGCCAAGCGUCACCGUAAAGUUCUCCGUGAUAACAUCCAGGGAAUCACUAAGCCCGCCAUCCGCCGUCUGGCUCGCCGUGGCGGAGUCAAGCGUAUCUCCGGUCUCAUCUACGAGGAGACCCGCGGUGUGCUCAAGGUCUUCCUGGAGAACGUCAUCCGUGACGCCGUCACCUACACCGAGCACGCCAAGAGGAAGACCGUGACCGCCAUGGACGUGGUGUAUGCUCUCAAGAGACAGGGCCGCACUCUGUACGGCUUCGGCGGUUAAACUCUCCAACCACCAACAUCUAAACAACCCAAAGGCUCUUUUAAGAGCCAGACACUGAGUCACAAAGAGCUUUAUCCUCUGUACAUCACAUAACGAUAUUAAGAAUCCAUCGAUAAAAUGAUUACAUUAACACAAAAUAAAGCCCCGUAAAGCUAAAUGGAAAUGUUUAAGUGUAUCAAAGACGGGCAGAAAAGAAAAGUCGUAGAACCACGUUUGAACACUGUAGCUUAUAAGUCUGUUCACGUCAAUGCUGGUCUCAGAUCAGUAUC